CAAAACCGGAUGUACUUCACACACACACACUCUCUGUCUCUCUCUUUCACUCACUCUCUCACACACACACACAGCUCCAAAAAUAAAAAUCUCAAUCACCAACCAGAGCUAAAAAAUUACAAAAACGCCUUUCUAGGUCAAAGAUCGUAUCGACAACGUAAUUUGUUCAAUCCCCAACUUGUAGUUUGACUUCAAGCCUUUUGCUCUCUCAAUUUUCAGAUCAGAAGGUAUAAGUGAUCAUACUCAAUUACACAAGUGUGAUUGAGUUUGGCCACUAGCGUUUUUUGUGAAAGCUUUAAGAUGGCGUCAGCGGGAUGGUCCAUUGAGAAAAGAGCUCCUCUAAGAACUGACACUUUCUCAAGAGACAACGAGAAUGUGCCUGAAACUGGGUGUCUCUCUAUUGUUGUGCUCGGUGCUUCUGGUGAUCUUGCCAAGAAAAAGACUUUCCCGGCUCUCUUCCAUCUUUACCGCCAGGGAUUCUUGAAACCAGAUGAAGUUCACAUUUUUGGCUAUGCAAGGACAAAGAUUUCAGAUGAGGAGUUGAGAAGUCGCAUUCAUGGUUAUCUUACCCCAUGCAAGGGUGCUUCAACAGAGCACACGGAAGAUGUAUUAAAGUUUCUGCAAUUGAUCAAAUAUGUAAGUGGCUCUUAUGAUACUGAGGAGGGCUUUAGGUCAUUGGACAGUGCAAUAUCUGAGCAUGAAAUAUCAAAAAACAGCGCAGGAGGAUCUUCCCGAAGACUCUUUUAUUUUGCUCUGCCUCCAUCUGUAUAUCCUUCUGUCAGCAAAAUGAUCAAGAAUUGUUGCAUGAAUAAAUCUGAUCGCGGUGGAUGGACUCGGAUUGUUGUUGAGAAGCCUUUUGGCAAGGAUCUGGCUUCAGCUGAAGAACUUAGUUCCCAGAUUGGAGAGUUAUUUGAUGAACCGCAAAUCUACCGUAUUGAUCAUUAUUUGGGGAAGGAAUUGGUGCAGAACAUGUUGGUGCUUCGUUUUGCAAAUCGCUUCUUUUUGCCCCUUUGGAAUCGUGACAACAUUGCUAAUGUACAGAUUGUGUUUAGAGAAGAUUUUGGAACAGAAGGUCGCGGUGGCUAUUUUGAUGAAUAUGGGAUCAUCCGUGAUAUUAUGCAAAACCAUCUAUUGCAGGUUCUUUGCCUAGUUGCUAUGGAGAAGCCUGUUUCUCUUAAGCCUGAGCACAUCCGAGAUGAGAAAGUGAAGGUUCUUCAAUCAGUUGUUCCAAUUAAAGAUGAGGAGGUUGUUCUCGGACAAUAUGUAGGCUAUACUGAUGACUCGACCGUUCCUGACAACUCAAGUACUCCCACUUUUGCUACUGUGAUUCUGCGAUUACAUAAUGAAAGAUGGGAAGGUGUUCCCUUCAUUCUCAAGGCAGGGAAAGCAUUAAAUUCAAGAAAGGCAGAAAUACGGGUUCAGUUUAAGGAUGUUCCUGGAGAUAUAUUCAGAUGUCAAAAGCAAGGGAGGAAUGAAUUUGUAAUACGCCUGCAACCUCCAGAAGCCAUUUACAUGAAGCUUACGGUCAAACAGCCCGGGCUGGAGAUGUCAACUGUUCAGAGUGAACUGGACUUGUCAUAUGGGCAACGCUAUCAAGGAGUUGUCAUUCCAGAGGCUUAUGAGCGUCUAAUUCUUGACACAAUAAGGGGUGAUCAGCAGCAUUUUGUUCGGAGAGAUGAGUUGAAGGCAGCUUGGGAGAUUUUCACACCUCUUCUACACAGGAUAGAAGAUGGAGAAUUCAAGCUCAUUCCAUACAAGCCAGGAAGCCGAGGUCCAGCAGAAGCAGAUGAGUUGUUAGAAAGGGCUGGUUAUGUUCAAACACAUGGCUAUAUAUGGAUCCCUCCCACCUUAUAACUGCAUAACUUGGACACAAGAAUAAUGUUCAACUUAAAAUAUGGCUGCAUAUUGUUACUGUGAUGCAUUCUUAAUAUGUUUCCACCUAAGUUGUACCAUGUACCACUAUUCUGCCAAGGCAUGGCCUUGUAUAGUGUGCCAAAUUUACUUUAACACUGUAAAACCUUUGAUGGUUGUUCGCUGAGAAUAUGUAUCUGGCUUGGUGUGUAUCACUAUUGGGAAGAAACAAGUUUUUGUUUGAAGCCAAUAAAGAGGAAAUGCUUGAACAUUGACGUGUAUCGUUAACAUAGCCAUCGUAGUUUCUUUCUGUAAUGUUGAUGAUGGUGUUUAGUGAUCAGAAGGUAGCAGGAUUUCUUUUAAGUUUGAUUACCAAAAGCAUGGAAAGAGCUGAUCCUCUUCUGAUGACCCUGUAUUUCUUGUUUUGAGCAGUAUCAGUCUGCAAUUGAAUUUUU